GUCAGACUCACGAAAGGAGUGGAAACGUGAUGAACGUUGCACCGGUGUACAGCCACCCCUGACAGAAGCACAGAGGACACAUCAUAGCUACUAUUUUACUCUGGAAAUCAACUUCACUAUCUUAUUUUGGUGUUGUUUUGUUUCCAAAUAAAAAUAAUAGAAUUGGGAUUUUGGAAGAGUUGAUAGGAUAUAUAUUCUCUACAUUUUGCCUGGUCCCGUUGUUGAGCGGAUCCUAGCCUACUACAAGACAAGCCUACAGACAACGUUGUUGUGUGAUGAACGCGCCCUUGUCUUGAACCUGGGGACCCGUUGAAACUGUCACGCGGAUCAACGCCUUGUGAAUGGGAUGCUUUUCACGGUCUUAUGUAUGUCCAACAGUCUGGGGAAUGACUGGGAUAAGAGGCAGAUCUCUGAAGAAACCCAGUCUAGGGUAACCCAUGCCUGUGUAGAAUGAACAUCUAGAACGAGCGUGCCGAGCCGCCAUAGCCGGUCCCUAUUUCCAGGUCUUGUGGAUUGGGCCAUAUCCCCCCAUGCCCUCAGGUCAUCCUUUCAUCACUCCAUCCAGAUCGAUCCACCCUGGAACUGAAGACUUGUGUUAUUGUUUCUGGGGACUGCAAUGAGUGUGACACGGAUCUACCUUGAAGACUUCCCAAAACUUCUUUCUUUGAACUCUUUACAAAGAGAGAGAUCUGUCCUUCUGGGCUACUGACUGACUGACUGACUGACUGUGUGUGUCUGUGUGACAGACUCUGUCCGAGGUUGGCCAACAGAGUGUCCGAGGUGUGUGACCUCAACCAGCAACCAUGCCCAUCCUAAAGCAGCUGGUAUCUGGUUCGUCCCAGUCCAAACAGCGCCGCUCCCGUAUGGACCUGACCCGGGAGAUGAUCAGUGCUCCCCUGGGGGACUUCCGCCACACCAUGCACGUGGGGCGCAGCGGGGACGCCUUCGGGGACACCUCUUUCCUCUCCACCCACUCUGGGGAGGCCCCCCACCAGGCCGAACCCCAGGCCCAUCCCCACUCCCCCCGCCCGGGGCUUUUAUCCAGAACCUUCCGCAGCAGCAAACGCUCCCAGUCCGUCACCAGAGUGGACCAGAGAGACUGCUCGCUAGCGCCACCCGGUGGCUCGCCCACCUUCGUGAAGAACGCCAUGUCGCUCCCCUUCCUCAAUGAUGAAAACGGUGACCAUGUUGAUGGAGGACACAGGGUGCCUAAGAGCCUCUCGUCCAGCCCACUGAAACAACUGAAUGAGCAGGAUGGAGGUGGAGGUACCAGGCCGUCUAAUGGGGCCGCUGCUGGGGCACGCUCUCUGGAGCUGGAUGAGAGGAGCUUUGGGGAGCUGACUGACCUUCCAAGCCCCAGCCGCGGGUACUACGGAGGGGGGAUGAAGCGCGCUGUGUCGGUCAUGUCGUUCCACAUCGACCUUGGGCCCUCCAUGUUGGGGGACAUCCUGGGGGUGAUGGAGAAGGAGGGUGAUGAUCUGGGAUACGAGGAGGGGAAGAGCAGUGAGGAACGGGCCUCUCCUACACUACUCCUGGGGAGGGAGGUGGGAGGAGAGGAGGAGGGAGAAGAGGAACCGGAAGCUGUGCUACUGCAGCUGCAGGAGGAGGCGGUCCCUGUACCUGUGAGUCCAACCAGCUCUGUACAACCUGAGGUGGGAGAGGACGAGGGAGCACCCUACACCCCAGAGUACACCCCAGAGCCCCGCCCUAAACACCUGCAGCACCAAUUAGAUACCUGUUCUGUGUCCAGCUCCGCCUCUGGCUCCGCCCACGUGGAGCAGGAGAAACCAGCCGGACAGCUCCACGGGGGGGAUACGGACAGCGCCACUUUCAGCGCCCCACCUGAGGAGGAGGAGCUGGGAAAGUUUUCUUCCUUCUUGGAGGACGAGGAUGAUGAGAUCCGUGUAUGAAACAAGACGUACACGCUCAAACCAUAUACGGAGCGGAUGAGUGUGGAUUAAUACAGAUGGAUAGAUUCUAUACUGAGUGGAUAUGGAUGAGUACAGAUGGAUAGAUUCUAUACUGAGUGGAUAUGGAUGAGUACAGAUGGAUAGAUUCUAUACUGAGUGGAUAUGGAUGAGAACAGAUGGAUAGAUUCUAUACUGGAUGGAUAUGGAUGAGUACAGAUGGAUAGAUUCUAUACUGAGUGGAUAUGGAUGAGUACAGAUGGAUAGAUUCUAUACUGAGUGGAUAUGGAUGAGUACAGAUGGAUAGAUUCUAUACUGGAUGCAUAUGGAUGAGUACAGAUGGAUAGAUUCAGUACAGUAUAAAGUCCCACAUCACAACAGAGACGUAUAGACUGGAUGGCUUACAGGAUGCUGUGGACGACGUGUUGAGUUGAUACAGGAAUGAAUGAAUUACUACUGUGGAUGAAACUACUCUAUAAAGGCCCAUAUUAUGACAGAGAUGUACAGUCUAUACUGGGUGGAUAUGGAUCACAGUGCAGUAGCAGUACCUCUGGUAGAGUGAAGGACAUAUUGAUACUACAACAAACUAAUACAGUGGAUGAAACUCUACUCUGUCUAGUCUGGAUAGAAGGGUUAUAGUACAGCACCUCCUCUGGUAGUGUGGAUGACGUGUUGAAUUAAAUAGAAGAAACUGCUACUGCUUCCUCUGUCCUUCCUGUGAGAAUACAAACAUCUGGACAUAGUCAUGUGGACUGGGAUCCUGCUUUAGGGGGAAAGGGAAAAACAGUCUGUAGGACACUGGCUCCUUCUGGAUGAAUACAACCCCCAUCUGUUACAUACAGAACAACUUGCUAACUUCUCCCUCCCUCACACACACCACAUUACAGCUACUGUCUGUCUGUACACUGAGAGAACUGACAUGGAAGAGAAGUCCAAGUGUGUGAACUCAUGAAUUUAGCAGAGACACUUAAGAUAAUAACAUUUUUGAUAAACAACAUGACUUUAUUAAGCCUCUGUCCAGUGCUAUUCAUUCCCCUUACAUGUGUCAUAAUAAUACGGGCUUUUCUUCAUUGAUCUGUGCCAUUUCAUAUGAUGCAGCUCCUCUCUUGUUCUGUGCUCCUCUCUGCCUGUUAAGUGGAACUGUGUUGGUGUUAUCAAGUGGUCUGGCCGGAACAGAGAGCUACUGUUACCGCGGUGAUGGGGACCUGGCUGCCUGUCUGUCACAAUAAAAGGCUUGUGUUGUGUGUAUCACUCCA